AUGCCGCGAAGGACUCAUAAGAAAUCUCGAAAUGGAUGCUUUGAAUGCAAGCGACGCCACAUGAAGUGUGAUGAGAAAAAGCCCAUCUGUUCAAAUUGUAUCAGUUCGCAGCGAUACUGCGAAUUUGUGGAAGCUGCGCCGAUCGCAAAAACCUCAUAUAGCGCCAGUGGAGAGACUGCACCUGCUCCAUCAGCCGUACCCUCUCCUGCAUCGCAGCUUAAUAAAUCACUUGAGGAUGAUCCCGUUAGUAUGCUUCACAUGGAGCUUCUCUAUCAUACAUCUUCAGAAACCCUCAAAUCGGUAUAUGGGCCAGCUACCCUAUCUACUCUUCCCUUUCAAGAGAUAUUGAAGUAUGGCCUCGCGGCACCCUACCUCAUGAAUGAGCUUUUGGCUCUGGGUGCUUUGCAUCUCAGUGUGGUCAGAAAAGAGCAGUGUGCCUUUUACCGACAUCAUUCUUCCCACUUGCAAAACUAUGCGUUAAGCUCAUUCAACAAGUUAUCACCACACAUCACCGAAGAAAAUUGCGUCCCAAUCUUUCUCUUCGCAGGGAUGUUGGGGUUGCACAUGCUUUGCGAGACACUUGUUUUUAGGGAUGAUGAUUUUGAAAGCUUCCUUGACCGUUUUGUGCAAUACAAUAAGCUGCAUCAUGGGGUACAGACAGUGGUUAAUGAAGGGAGGUGGCAAAUUUUGCAACAAAGCACGUUGAGACCAUUCCUGGAAAUUGGAGAAGAGCUUCCACCUCUGGAGUCAAGUUUGAGCUUUGUUUGCAACGGUCUAUUUGAUCGCAUCAAAGCUCUUGGCCUGGACGAAUUUACUACCAGAAAAUACGAACAAGCUGUCCAGGCACUCCAAUCAGUGCAGACUGUGAUCGAGCGCGAAAAUUCACGGGACAAUAGCAUAUUUGCCCUGAUUGCAUGGCCAGUUCUUGUCCCCUUUGAGUAUAUUGAACUGCUUUCUAAGAAGAAGGAGGAAGCAUUGGUUAUUUUGGCAUAUUAUGGUGCCCUUGUCGCAACCCACAAAGACCAUUGGGUGUGUUGCGAUGGGGGCAAGUAUAUGGUCGAUUCAAUAUGUCAAUAUCUCGGUCUUCAGUGGGAAGAUUGGCUGCAGUGGCCCCGAAAAGCUCUAACGGAGACAACAUUGGUACAAGGUUGA